AUGUUCGUUGCAAAGCUGAAGGUUCCAAAGACUUUCUUGGAUGAUGGACGUGGUGUUGGCGUAGAUUAUGAUCCAGGUGAGCUCGAAGCCGAUGUUGUUCCUGGGGAGGAUGCAUUCGAUUAUGAAGAUCCAGAAGAACACGAUGGUUCAGGAGGAGACGGCGGUCUAGCAGAGGCAGGAGGAGUAGCGGAUGAUGAGUUCGAAGAAGCUGAUGAGGAUCAAGAGCAGUCAGCUCAAAGAGUUAGUCCAGAGGAGGAGCUAGACAUGACUGGUCCUGAGACGGUGAAUCUGAUCUUCGCAACUGCUAUUCCCGACAAUAAAGGAGCAACAGUAUUGGAGGCCAUUCAGGAUGUAGUGAUGUAUUGCUGGUCGUUGAACAUUCCAGUGGUAAGAUUUCAUUGUGAUCGUGGUAUGGAGUUUUACGCCAAGGUCAUCCACUCUGGGCAUGGAAACACGGCUUGCAGCUCCAUUCGGAACCAAGGUGUUGGUCAGAAGGAGAGAGUAUGGUGGUACUGCCGAGCCGGGGAAGCCGGAGCUAUCUAG